GUGUUUAAAAUCGGAAGUGCUGCGAGCGCGCUGUUACAUUAUCGAACGUGACGCCGCGGCUGAUACAGUGGAGUGAUACCGCCGGUGGCAUCGCUGCUGUUUGUCCUCGGUAAUGAAAUCGUGCGUCGCGUGGCAAAGGACAUCAGGAUGCGUUUUUCUGCUGAGACGCACGCAAUAACGCGAAUGGCGCGUUUGUCUGUUCGUCUCGUUGACGUUUGAGAGCAUCAGAAUGUCUCGCGCAGCGCAGAGUUUCAGGAUUAUGACUCAUGUCUGACACACACACACGGACUGGCAUCUGUGUAAGAUCACCGACCUCAAUCAAUGUACAUGCAGUUGAUUUUUUUAACCUCUGCUGUUGGUAGAAAUAAAAGUCUUUUCACUUGCGUUGGUUGUAUUUUCUAUCAAAGGACAGGGGUUUCGGUUACUACAGUUUUAAAACUAGUGAAAAUGAAGGAGGUGUGUCGCAUCUGUGCUCGUGAGCUGUGUGGUAACCAGAGGCGAUGGAUCUUUCAUCCGGCUUCCAAACUAAACCUGCAGGUGCUCCUGUCCUAUGCGCUGUGCUGCGACAUGCAGCGAGACGGCCGCUGCGAAUUCAUCUGCAGCAAGUGCUCUUUCAUGCUGGAGCGCAUGUACCGCUUUGACACGGUUAUCGCCCGUGUGGAGGCGCUGUCCAUUGAGCGGUUGCACAGACUCCUGCAGGAGAAAGAGCGUCUGCGCCAGUGCAUUAGCGUGCUUUAUCGCAAAAACAAUCGCUAUUUGACGGGUGGGAUGGCGACGCGCACGGUGGACGAUGCAAAGUACAGUGAUCUUCUGCAGGAUGACCUGGUGUACUCCAUGUACGAGUCGUGGGUGGACAACGAGGACCAGAUGCCCGAGUGCAUCCACGUUUCUCAGUGUCCAGCAUCAGACGUGUCCCUCCGUUCACGAAGGUGCAGAGUUUGCAGAGCGUUACGCGUGGCCGACUCAGACUACGAGGCCGUGUGUAAGGUGCCCAGGAAGGUGGCGAGGAGCGUGUCCUGCGGCCCGUCGACACGCUACUCAACGAGCCGCAUGGCAAGCGUGUGUGGCGAGGAGCAGGUGCUGGAACGAGAGAGGCAGCGUGCGAUAUCACGGUCGUCGGAUGGUGACGGGACGCACAGAGGCCGCGAGGGCUCCGCCGCAUCGGUGGAAUCUCUGGAGAAGACCCUGAAUGCUUCGCCACCCGAACGUCUCCAGGAUGAUGAAGAAAUGGGCAGGAAAGAGGAAAACAACCCAAGCUCAGACUCUGAGGAUCACGUGGAGGCUGUUGCGCUGGCGUUGUCUCUAGUUCGGAAAUGUGCUCACAGACCAGUCCGGAGCCCUCGUGGCAGUAAGCUCCCUGUUUUGAUAAAGACCGGGUUUUUUAAUGAAGGAACUCAUGAGGACGGCUCAGAUCAGAUCUUCAGAAGCCUGUUUGAUGACACAGACUGUCUGCUCGUAGAACCGAAACUGCCGCGGAUUCGACUGGAUACAGUGUCAGAACUGGCCCGGGCUGAGGAGCUGUGGCACGAUGAGUACAUGACCUUGUGUGUCCGCAAGUUUCCAAAGAGUCUGAUGGAGGAGCAGCAGUCGCAGUUGAAUCAGUACGAAUGCGCUGCUGGUCAGUGUGUCAGUGACCUGCAGAAAGCGCAGCUGCAGGUUCACUCGCUGCAGAUGAAGAUCCAUGAAAGGGAGGAUGCCAACAAGAAGCUGCAAGAGAAACUGUGUGAAAUGGAAACAGAGCUGCGGUCCAUCAGACAGACCGCACAGAACCAAGAGAGAACCCUCCAGAACCUGACAGACAGCUUGACUACUAAAGACUCGGAGACUCAGGAGCUGCGUCAAGUUAUUGAAUGUCAGAACAGAACAAUGAGCCAACUCAGAGAAACCCAUCACAGCCACAUGAUGCAGGCUCCAGACGGCUCAGUGGACUCAGUUGUGUUGUUGCAGAGUUCUCUGUUGUCGUGUCAGCUGCAAUUGGAAUCGUGUCAGCGUGAACACAAACUGACAGAGAGACACAUGGAGGACGUGAAACGCUCUGGAGACCGACUGCAGGACAACCUGCAAGAGACCCUACAGCACAGAGAGACAACAGAACAACACAAUCAGGAGCUGCGUGAGACGCUGACACGGCUGCGGUCUGAGCUUCAGGUGAAAACAUGUGAGCUGAAAGAUCUUGAGAUGAACACACGAUCGGAGAUCACCAACAGAGACAAAACCAUCACACAACUCCAGCAGCGCUUGCAUCACAAACACGCUCUGCUGCAGGAGUAUUCAGAUCUGCUGGAUCGCUCGCCUGACUCCUCUGAAACACAGAAGAGAGACGCAUUACUGGACGCGCUGAAGAGUCGCAUUAGAGACAGAGACCGAGCGCUAGAGGGCUCAAUCGAUGAGAAGUUUCGCUGUCUGGAGGAAAAAGACGCUGAGGUGCGUCGACUGCAGCAGGCAAUCCGUGAGAAAGAUGGAGAUCUGGAGAGACUCAACAACAUCCUGAAUAACAACAACGACACCAUCACGAGUUUAGAGAGUCUGGUGCGGAGGAAAGACUUGGAUCUGGAGAGAACUCAGGAAUCCUGUCAGAAACUCAAGUGCUUGAAACAGCAGAGUGAUGAGAAACAUCUGCACGCAAUACAAGAGAGAGACAACAUCAUUCACCAACUGCAGACAGCUCUACACACACACAACACACACACAGAGGAACUGAGGUCAGUGUUGUUAAAGGAGGUGUCGCUCGGUCCUGCUGAUGUCAUACACGAGCUGCAGUCUCAUCUGUCUGUGAAAGAGCGUCUGUUACAGGAAGUGAUGUCACAGCACAGCAGACAGCUGCAGGAACACCACAGACAGAUCACAGAGCUAUUAGACACCAUCAGCACCAGAGACCGACACACAGAGGAUUAUAGGGUGCGGUCGGGGCAGGUGAUAUCUGAGCGUUUGGCUCAGGUGCAGGAGUUGCGCCGGCAGCUGUUGUUACGGGAACAGAAGCUGAAUGAAGUGAACAGAGAGAGAGAAAGAGAUGCAGCGGUUCCUGCAGUCAGAGAGCUACAGACCCUCACGAGUCUUCUUAAAGAGAAAGACACCUUCAUACAGGAGCUGCUGCAGGUUCAGGAUCAGGUGAUGUUGAGCUCCACACCAGCAGAUGCAGCACAGGGUGUGUGUGCAAGCGGCAGAGAUGAUCCUGACAUACAAACUGUUAGAGAGGAAUUACAGCUGACUCUGAAGAAACACAAGCAGACUGAGAUGGAAGUGUUAGAGUUGCGUGGUGCGCUGGAGGCUGCUCAUGAUGGCUCACGGUUGACAGAUUAUCAGUAUUUCCUACAGCAGCUUGUGUCAGAACAGAAGAUCCUGAACCAAUCUCUGAGGUCUGAGACGAAGCUCUAUCAGAACCUCCGACACAUCCAGAAUCAGAGAGACAGCGGCGGUGAGAAGAGCGAUGGUGCGCUACACGCUGAACUAAACUCACUUCAGGCACUGCGAGGACAGCUGGAAGAAGUUCUGGCGAGGACCCGAGCGACGGCGCUGGCUUUGGAGCGGGCCGCUCUCACACAGAUGGAUUAUGGAGAAUCCAGCAGUGAUGAGGAUGAUGAAGAACACGAGAGCAGCAGCGAGGCUUUCACAGACAGCAUGGAGGAUGAGGAUGAUGAGAUCAAAGUUACAGCUCACAGUCUGAGGGAUUCACAGAACGCUGGGAUGUCUAGUGGACGGGUGAACAUGACAAUAUUGUCACAUAAUCUGAAAGUAGGGGAGCGAUGUGAUGUCAAGGUGACGGGCCGGACCGAGCGAACUCGCAGCAGAAACACUCUUCCUAGUCUGCAUGAAAAGAAAGCAGCGCUCCAUCUUAGUGAAACUGGAUCACAGUUGAGAUGUGAAUCGGAAUCUGGGUCCGAAUUUGGAUUAAGAGCAGCUGAUGAGGUAUCUGUGAAGUGUGGAUUGUUGGAGAAGCGUGAGCUCCAGACAGGUGAUCAGGAGGAAGAGGAGAAAUAUGAUGGUGAUGAAGAUGUUCGGGCCCCUCAGGGCAAGCGUGGGCCCCCGUGUGUUAAGUCGAGGGAGAGGAGAUGGAAGAGGAGGUGCACCAGACCGCAUUCUCUGGACCUCGGAGCGCUGCCGUCACACAAACCUACAGCCCAUCACACAGCUCAGGAUGUAGAGGUGAGGCGUGACUGCGAGGGUUCCAGUAAUAGAGGAAGUGAUGCCAUUGGGUUCUGGCAACAUGUGGAGGCAGGGCUUCGGGAGCAGGUGGAGCAACUCCGUAACGACGUCGCUGUGUGUCAUCAGGAGAGCCGCGAGCUGCAGGAGAGACUGAUGGUGUCAGAGGCCACGGUGCACGCGCUCAAUGACCAACUGAAAGACUACAGAGAACUCCUCACGGAAAGUGCCGUUCAGAGGGACAGUAAACAAGUUCAAGUGGAUCUUCAGGAUUUGGGUUAUGAGACGAGUGGCCGAAGUGAGAAUGAAGCUGAGAGAGAGAACGCCAGCAGCCCGGAAGUGGAUGAGUUGGAGACAUGCAUCUCUCUCUCGGGUGCGGUGAGCAGACGUGGCGGUUGGCACGGUGACAGCGGCGGUACUCAGGUGGACGACCCCUCUUCUCUGAAGCGUUUGGUGCAGGACCUGCGUGCACAGCUCUCUCGCUGCCACAAAGUCAUUCGCGGCCUGCAGCUGCGUGUACGCUCGCUCUCCGCCUCCUCAGACUAUGGGUCUAGUAUGGAGCGCACGCCACGUAAGCAGGUAAACUGGGAGUUUCAAAGUGCUGGAGAUGAAGAUGAGGGCUGGCAGUCAGACGCAGGGCCGAUGAAACCCAGCAGAGAACUUCAGGAGCUGGUGAGUCGUGUGGCCCUGCUGGAGACCCAAAUGAAAAACUCCAAGCUGGAGGGAAAGAGCGGCCCAGAAGAGGGCAAAUGUGCCACCUGGCCUGGGAAGUACAAUACGCUGAUUCAGGCACAGGCGAGGGAACUGUCACAUCUGCGGCAGAGGAUGAGAGAGGGGCGGAGCAUCUGUCACAUCCUCACGCAUCAUCUGAGCGACACCACCAAAGCCUUUGAAGAGCUGCUGCGUGCCAAUGACAUCGAUUAUUACAUGGGCCAAUGCUUUCGAGAGCAGCUUUCCCAGAGUUCCUCGCUCGCUCAGAGAGUCAGCAGCAAGAUGAGCGGACGUUCUGAGCAGCAGGAAGAGGACAAAACGCGCGACGAGCUUCUGGCGCACAGGUUGAAUAAAGAGCUUCAACGGAAAGAUCAAAUCCACACCAAACUUCGACCUGACACGCCCUGCAGCAGCCACGCCCCUUUUGAGACUACAGACCAAUCAGAUCACACUUCAUUUGUCUCUGAUGACAGAAUGUCCACCAAUGAGGAUUUAGAUGUGUGUUCAGACAUGGAUGUGGCCAUUGACUUUGCACAAGAAGACAGAGGUUUGUUUUUUGGAGCCUUGUCCAACUCCAAGCCUCUCAGUCAAAACCAUUCCUGGUCUGCCAACCUGACCUUUGACCCCAGCUCAUGCCAACCUCUAGACAGCAGGACUGUGAACGGUCACAGGCCACCAAUGAGAACUUUCAGCGCCCCUCAUUCACUCUCCAGCUAUCAACUCACGGCACACACACCGCAUUCCUUCAAUGACACACCCGUAUCCCAUCAUGCACCAGGACACAGUGCAUACCCCUCACACACAAGCCUGAUGGAGAGCAGUGCAUUGUGGGCCAUGGCAAAUAUUCAAAGCUUUGAUGGGUCAUCUUAUUUCCAGUCUGGAAACAGCCAAUCAGGUGUGGAUGUGAUUGAAGAACACCUGAGAGAGAUUCGAUCUUUACGUCAGCGCCUGGAAGAUUCCAUCAGAACCAAUGAGAGACUGAGACAACAGUUAGAGGGACGUCUGUCCACAGCUGCACGAGAGACAGCGGCACCUACAAACAUCUACAUCCAGUCACAUGACACAGUCAAUGAACUGACCAAUGAGAUUACAGCACUUAAGGAGGAAAAUCAAGCACUGCAGUCCAGACUACAAACCAGCACAGAGAGCAGUGAAGAGGCGGAGCAACUUCGGGAGGCUGUACUUUCAGGCCGUGUUCGUUUGAAGCAGGCGGGGUUAGAGGCGGAGAGAUGGAAGGAGGAGUUAAGACGGCUGCAGACACACAACUGUAGUCAAAGUCAACAAAUUCACCAGCUGCGACAGGACAGACAGAACAAUCAAGAGCACACCAACAGACUGCAGCAUGAAGUGAGUUUACUACAACAGCAGCUCUCUGAGAGCAGAACACUGCUUCACUCCCUUCAGCGUGAACAACAGCUGCACGAGCGCGUGUGGAGAGAGAGAAAAAGCGGCCCCACAGGAUACGCGUGUGAGGUGCAGUACCCGUCAGUGGAAUUGCGGGAGCUGUUAAUGGAGGUUCGGGCUCUGAGGGCCCAGCUGGAGCACAGUGUCCAGGAGAACAGCGCUCUCCGUAUUCAGCUGCAAAAACAGUUGGAUCAGUUCGUCGAGCCGCGUCCCUCUCCCAUUUUUCCUGUCAGCCCGCUGAGAGAUGCGCUUUACCGCAGACAGUUACUGCAUGACCCAUCUCCCUCUCCUCCGGUCAGAGAUGUCGGCGCUUUUCCAUCUGGACCUCUGCACUCUCCAUUCUCAGAGCUGGAGGAGAACGCUGUGAACACUACUGACUCACUGGAGUGUCACAGCGAUCUGGAAGGAGACGCUCCUGACGGCUCGUUUGCCAACCGUAACGGGUGUCACGUGAUCGGUCACGUGGAUGACUACAGCGCGCUGCAGCAGCAGGUGUUUGAGGGAAGCGGGUUGGUUCGGCGGAUGGAGGCUACGCUUCAGUCCUCCCUCAACAGCGCACUGCUGGAGAUCAACAGCGGGAAGGUGCUGGAAUAUGAUGCACUAAAGACGCUGCUCUCCGACACGAAGACUUUGCACCAGAUUCUGGACGAGGCCGCGUCUCUGCUCAAGAUGUUCUGGCGGGCAGCGCUACCGAGCAGCGACGGCCCCGCCCAUCUCAUCCAGAGGGAACAGUCCAUGCGCAAUGAGAUCCAGUCACUGCAUCUGAGGAUCGCGGAGCAGGAGGAAGUUCUGCAAGGGACCAUCCAGCGCUUGCGAAACACCAACCACACUAAAGAGAGCAUGGAGGCUUUCAUUGUUAACCAGCUGUCCAGGACUCGAGAUGUCUUGAAGAAAGCCAGAGCCAAUCUAGAGAAGAAUGAGCUCAGGAUAUCUUCUCUAAGCUCCUCCUCUUCUACCCUUUGCCAUGGAAAAAGCCUCACACGUGUCUCUGCAGGGCCUUCUGAUUGGGGUCUUGUUACCCCCUCACGUUCAGAGAUCACCAUGACAACAGCCAAUCGACAGCCAAUCAAGAAAAGCUGCAGGGGUGUGUUGCAUUAAAGCAUCCCACCCAUCACAACACUCUCAUUUUGUCCUCUGUCCUUUCAGAAUAGACAUGAAGUUUUUGCCUUGAAAAAUAAAUGUUUUACAUUCUUGUUGCCAUAGAAUGUGUGUGUUGCCACAAUAAAACGUGGACCAUUACAAGUAUUGAUGUCCUAUAAUAAUCUCUGCACUUCUGCCACUCUGCAGUGAAAUUACCUCCCAUCUCUCUAAGAGUUUUAUGCAAAAUAAAGUAACAGAGCCCGGUUGCAAGAAACCCCUUCAUUCUAAUUUGAACAGUAUUGUUACUAAGGGGUUUCUUGCAACCGGGCCCAGACCCUGCCGGUUUGAGUCGUAGUUCUGCUCGAACACAUGGCGAGAUCUGCAUUAACCUAAACUAAUGCAUGUGCAAUAAGACGUGUGAAUUCCUACUAAAUGAUGUUCUGCUUUCACAUGCUUGACACUAUUAUUGUAUUCUUCAGUACGAAAUGGUAUUUUUAGUAUUUGCAUGGCAGAAGUGAAAUAAAAGUAAACUAUGAGCUGUUUUUGUGAGGUUCACCAGAACGUGCCAAAGUUUGGAUGGGUAAUUUCCUUUAACACUGACAUUGCUGGAGGUUUUAAUGCUGAUGCCAUCAUGUAAACUGACUUUAAUAACAUUCUUUCAGCUUGAUUAAGCUGGUGAAAUUGUUCAUGAAUGACCUGUUCUUAAAUAAACUAGACUCUGAUAAGGAAAUUUCAAACUGCAAAUUUCCACAGUUAAAUGUAUAUUAUGUACUUGGAAUGAGUGUGCAUUAAUGUAUGGCAGCCCUUGUGCAUAUCUAAUCGAUGGCAGUGUUCUAGACAUGACAAACUUUGGCAUGAUUUCGGUUGGACCAGUUUCAGAUAUUACAAUAACAAGGCCAAUGGUAGGCAUUAGAUGUGUGCUGUGUAAUUUUACUGCUUUGCACAGAUGUACAUACAGUAUAUGACUUAUAUAUGUGGUUCACUUUGUUUGCGAUUUGUUAUACAAGCCAGUUAUCAAAACAUGGGAAGCUGUGCAACAGCCAACUUAUCAUGCAAUACAAUAACUUUACACAUGGUGUAUGGGCUGUUUCUUGCAACAAUCAAAACAUCACUUGUAGAAUUGCCUAAAGUGUUUUGGAGUUGCCUUUGCAUUAAUUUGAUCAAAAAGAACGAAAACACUUCAAGCUCGCAAGCGACAUCACUAGUCCAUUCUGCUUUGCCUUUUAACGGACAUACAUACAGAGCAAACACUCUUUAGCGAGAAAUGCAAUAUCAAUCUUAGGUCUUGUGUGAACGCCAUAAUGUUUUGGCCUUGUAUCAGAGACAAAAAAAAACUAAAAAAUGGUUUUAAAAGUAACCACAAGUCUUAAUAAAGUGAAUGUUUUGGAAAACAUGCCAAAGGCUUAUAAAGAUGAGCAAAUGUUGGUUUAGAAACUAAACUGCAUAGUAUGUAUAUAGUGCUUAAAGGCUUAAUUGUUGCCAUAGUUACAUAUGAUUGUGUAAUGUAAUAAAAGGUACCGAUGCAAGAGCCAACGUGACUGUGUCUGAAGCUAACAAAUAUGUUGUAUUAUGAAAGCUGCUUUUAAAAUAAAAAAUUAUA